AAAAAAAAGAAAAACACCAUUUUACAAAUUCUCAAAAAUAAUUUUUCAUUUCUGAUUCAAUCUUGUUGUUUCAUUCAUUUUGAAAAAAAAAAGAAGAAGAAGAGUACUUUAACUACACUGCAAAAUGUGUGGUGGAGCAAUUCUUGCUGAUAUCAUUCCUCGUCGUGACCGUCGUCUGUCAUCCACAGACUUAUGGUCAAUUUGUUCUGAUGAUUUCUGGCCAAAUUCUUCAUUUUCCAAGCCAUUUUCCACCCAAAAUGUUUCCCCUGCAAAGCCCAAACGAACUCAACCCUCUGCAGGUAAUGAGCAAAUCCAGAAAGCCAAGAAAAGGCAAAGGAAGAAUCUAUACAGGGGAAUCCGCCAGCGUCCAUGGGGUAAAUGGGCAGCUGAAAUUCGUGACCCAAGAAAAGGGGUCAGAGUCUGGUUAGGUACUUUCAACACUGCUGAAGAAGCUGCUAGAGCUUAUGACAAAGAAGCUCGUAAAAUCCGGGGAGAGAAAGCUAAAGUUAAUUUCCCAAAUGAAGAUGAUCACUGCAGUUAUCCAGAGCCUCCUCCUCUCGCUGCUUACAAUGAUACUACUUUUUAUAAUAAUUGCUAUGCGUUCGAGAACAAUGAACCCGUUAUCGAAUAUGCAAUAGCUAACAACAAUGAUCAAAAUGGGCUGAUUAAAGAGGUGGAAAAUAUGAAUGGAAGGGUCGUGGAGGAGGAGGAAAAAACAGAGAUUCAAGUGCAGAAACUCUCUGAGGAACUGAUGGCUUAUGAGUCAUUGAUGAAGUUUUAUGAGAUCCCUUAUGUUGAUGGGCAAUCAGUGGCGGCGAUGGCGAAUCCAGCGGCGGAGGCUGUCUUGGGUGGUGGCUUGAUGGAGCUUUGGAGUUUUGAUGAUGUUAGUCGUCAACAACCUAGUUAUAAUGUAGUUUGAUUAUUGUUUGUUUACAUUGUUGUAUGUUUUUAUUUUUCGGUUUAGGAGAAUGGGUUUCUUGUAAUUUUCAAUGUUUAAGCAAUUGUGUAAA